UGCUAAGCGUGAAUGAUGGACGGCACAGUAGUAGUGCAAGGUGUGGGAAUUGCGUUGGCUGCGUUGCUAACCGCCAUAGCAGAAGCAAUGAAGAAUAAUCCGUCCAUUUUCAAGAAGAAGAAAGCCUUCGACUUGGCCAACCUGGAAUCCACCCUAAAGUCGAUAGAACCUAACAUCAGAAAGAUGGAACGUCUCAACAACGAGAUGGGACGCCCAAAGGAGGAGCUAGAACCACUCAUAAAGAAAUUUGAAGAGGGAAUUAAGCUUUUGAAGCAGUGCUCCAAUGUCCGCUGGAACUCCAAGGCUGCUUACAUGGCUCAACUGCAGGCAUUUGAUGACUCCUUCGGUAAGCUUCUCCACACCAUCGUGGAAGUUCAGACUGCAACAGAUCAAAAGGAGAUGCUCCAAUUGCAGCAUCAAAAAGGUUUCCGAAGGUGGCUCGUGUGUUUUCGCAGCAAAUGAGGGACUUGGA